CGCUCAGCCACACGCGAAGCCUAGAACACAAAAGACGCGGGAGAAGAUCCAACUUGCGGCGCUGUGUUGGUUCGUCUUUCUAGAGGGUUGGAAUGAUGGAUCGAAUGGCCCUAUGUUGCCGAGGAUUCAGGAAGUUUAUGGGGUUGGAUAUGCUGUUGUAUCUCUGAUAUUCGUUUUUGCUUGUGUGGGUUUUAUCACGGGUGCCGUGUCUAAUGUGAUACUGGCCGAGAGGCUAGGAUUUGGAAAAGUGAUGGUACUAGGUGCUUCGUACAAAUGUCGAGGGCUGUGUCAAUUCUUAAAUUCUUGCACUCCAGGUUCCGUAUGUCAAGUCGUGGCAUACUGUAUCGAGUCCUCGGGGCCCCCCUUUCCCGCGUUUAUAUUUGCGUACUUUAUCAACGGAAUCGGACUAGCUCUACAGAACGCAAAUUCGGUUGCCUAUGUUGCAUCCAUUAAAGAAAACGCUGAGCUGAAGAUGGGUCUUUUCAUGGCAGCAUAUGCCGCCGGGGCACUUUCAUCUCCUCUGGUUGCCACUCAAUUUGCGCAACUACCUCGGUGGAAUUUCCAUUAUUUUACGUCUCUUGGAAUUGCGAUCUCCAAUACAAUCGCCUUAAUUAUAGUCUUCCGGUUCAAGCGCCAGCGAGAAUGUCUUGCGGAGAUAGGCAUCGUUACUGCGGAUAACAGCACAAGCGAGCAUAGUCAUCUCAGGCAGAUAUUCAUGAACAAAGAUGUCCAUCUUCUGGCAGCAUUCACUUUAUUCUACGUUGGAGUCGAGGUUUCUAUUGGAGGCUGGAUCGUUACCUACAUUAUCGAUGCCAGAGGUGGAGGGCCCUCAUCUGGUUAUAUCUCCACCGGUUUUUUCGGCGGUCUCAUGGUUGGUCGACUGGCCUUGCUAUGGGUUAAUGAAAAAAUCGGAGAACGGUUGGCCAUGUCCAUCUACGCCGUUCUGACUAUCAUUCUCGAGCUCGUCGUAUGGUUCGUUCCAUCUUUGGUCGGUGAUGCAGUCGCCGUCUCCAUCAUUGGCGUGCUGUUGGGGCCAAUGUAUCCGAUUGCAAUGAACCAUGCAGGACGCGUCCUUCCUCCUUGGUUACUUACUGGUGCCAUCGGUUGGAUCGCAGGAGUGGGGCAAGCAGGCUCUGCGCUGGUCCCGUUUAUGGUAGGUGCUAUCGCGCAAAAUUCUGGAAUAAAAACCCUGCAGCCUGUAUUGGUUGGCAUACUUGGUCUUAUGACUGCAAUAUGGGUGUUGGCGUCCCGUGGUUCGCGUCGUUCCGAUUGAAGGUUUGAAUUUUCAAUCAGGUUGACAGGCUGUGUACACGCAUUGUAUGAUGGCGAUAUAUUGUGAGAUGAUAAAGUUCUAUAGAGCGGUACUAGUCUGUAUAUAAAAGUAGAAGUAUGUAGUCGUAGAUAUCGAGAUGCUGCACGUCGUGCUGGUCCUAGCCUUGAGGCUCAAGUCCGCCAUGGC